UUUUGGGGCCCGUUAAGUGGAAUAGUACCAAAAAAUGCUUGUGUACUAAUCUACGUUAUUAAGGGCCAUGUGAAGCUCUCCGAUUUCGGUCUGUGCACUGGCUUGAAGAAAAUCCACCGCACUGAGCACUACAGGAACUGGCCUUCGCAACUUCCACCUGAUUUUGUAUCGAAACCCGUCGAAUCUAAACGCAAGGCUGAGACUUGGAAAAAGAACCGCAGAGCUUACGCUUACUCUACCGUUGGCACUCCUGACUACAUCGCACCCGAAGUGUUUCAGCCGAAUGGGUACACGAAAAGCUGCGAUUGGUGGAGCCUUGGCGUGAUCCUUUACGAGAUGCUCAUUGGUUAUCCCCCAUUCUGCUCUGAAACGCCGCAGGAAACGUAUAGGAAGGUUGUAAACUGGCAACAAACUCUGGUAUUCCCACCCGAGAUGCCCAUCAGCGUUGACGCGAAAACGACAAUAAAACGUUUCUGUUGCGAGCCUGAGAGACGCAUGGGUCAUAAUGGAGGCCUUGAGGAAAUUAAGCAGUGCAUCUUCUUUAGAAGAAUUGACUGGAACCAUAUCAGGGAGAGGCCAGCACCAAUACGGGUUGAAGUGAAAAGCAUUGACGAUACUAGCAAUUUUGAUGACUUCCCGGAGGUGGACAUGAGAUGGCCUGUCGACACGGCUCCGCAGAAGUUGAAGCCAGAGGAACAGCCCGGUCAUCGCGGAGAAUUUGUAGACUUCACCUACAAACGCUUCGAUGGGCACACGCAGAAAAUGCGUUACAGCGAAAUGAAUAAGGCAAGUUUUUGUUUUUAG